AUGAAGCGCAUACAAAUCACACCAGACGGCUCAGGACCACCUACAAAACUUAACACUGACGUCCCUGCCUCUUUACCCGACGCCAAAGAGACCAAGAUUCAUCCCCAAAACGCCCCAGACGCUUCAACAAAUGCUUCGCUCUUCUUCGUUGGGACUGCCACUACAAUUCUAGAGUGGGAAGGCAUCCGCAUUCUCACAGAUCCCAACUUCCUUCAUGCCGGCGACCAUGUUCAUCUAGGACCAGGUGUCAGUGCAACAAGACAGACCAACCCCGCGAUCGAUUUGGAAGAGCUACCAAGGAUCGACGUGAUCCUGCUCUCGCAUUACCAUGAAGAUCAUUUUGACCGAGAAGUAGAGGAGAAACUGUCAAAGGGUCUCCCAAUCAUCACUACGCCACACGCCAAGGAAUGCUUGACAGGCAAAGGCGAAGAAUCAUUCAAGAACGUACAUGCGCUCGACUUCUGGCACAGUUUGCUUCUCGAUGUAUCGCAGUCAGACCAAGCAAGUGGUAGUGGCCCAAAGCCCAGCAUCAAAGUCACAGGAAUGCCUGGAAAACAUGUACCUCCUGGCCCGUUGAAUGUUGCAAAUGAGAUUCUUGGCGCUGUACCGCCUACAAACGGCUGGAUGGUUGAGCUCGGGUACUCGGAUGGUUCCUCUAGCGACGGUAGCGAUUUUGAGAAUGGAUACCGAAUCUACAUCUCUGGCGACACGCUGAUGGUAGACGAGCUCAAGGAGAUCCCUGAGCGGUACAAGGAUCACAACAUCGACUUGAUGCUAGUCCAUUUGGGAGGCACCACAAUUCCUGGUCCCAAGAUGCCGUUGCUGAUGGUCACGAUGGACGCAGAACAGGGCGUACAGCUGAUGCAGCUUAUCAACCCCGACCUCACAAUUCCGAUCCACUAUGACGAUUACGAUGUUUUCCUGAGUCCUUUGGAUGACUUCAAGAAGGCGGUACAUGCGGCUGGAUUGGAUAGCAAGGUUGUGUAUCUGGACCGCAAGGAUCAGUACAAGUUCAACGUGAAACAGGGACAGAAGCAGCCGAAGCAAUCGCUGUAUUAG